UCUGCUGAUGACGUGUACACUCCACUACCGUCGGCUAGCUAGCUGCUAGCUUAGCCACCUGUCAGAAUAACGGUGACUUAAAUAAAGUAACGUUACAGCGCACAGUGAAACACAGGUUUUCAAGAGAUCACGGAAGAUGGAGACGCUUUACCAUCAAACAAACAAGCAAAUCCAGGAGGUCCAGUCUUUGAUGGGAAAUCUAGAAAAGACGGAUCGUCAGUCAGUACACUUGUUAGAGAAUGAGCUACAAGCAAGAAUCGACCAGAUCUUCAAUCAAUUAGAACGCCUUGAGAUCCUGGCCAGCAAGGAGCCACCAAAUCGCCGCCAGAAUGCCAAAUUGCGAGUGGACCAGCUUAAGUAUGAUGUCCAACACCUUCGGACCGCCUUGCAAAACUUCCAGCACCGUCGCUACACCAGAGAGGCCCAGGAGAGAGAGAGGGAGGAGCUCAUGAGCCGUACCUUCACGACCAACGACGCAGAUACCUCCAUCCCCAUAGAUGAGACCCUACAGUUAAACUCCAACUUGCACAAUGCACACAGAGGCAUGGACGACCUCCUGGGCAGCGGCAGCAGCAUCCUCAACGGUCUCAGAGAUCAAAGAUCUACAUUAAAGGGGACCCAUAAGAAGAUGCUGGAUGUGGCCAACAUGUUGGGGCUGUCGAACACGGUGAUGAGACUGAUCGAAAGGCGAGCGACCCAAGACAAGUUCAUCAUGAUCGGAGGCAUGCUGGUGACCUGCAUCUUCAUGUUCCUGGUGAUCAGAUACUUGGGUUGACAGCUAUCUUUCCGCAGCGGUCGUUUUUCAUCACUUGUGGACAUUUCUGCAGCACAUCAUCCCUCAUGAUAUGAAAAUUGGCAGAACUGAAUUUUUAACAUCAGAUUUCAGUUGUUUUUUUAAAUUGUGCCAUUAUAGUUUAUUUUCCACCAUUGAAAUUAUUUUGGGCACCAGCAAAAUGUUAAGGUUAAAGAAGACCUUCAUUACUUUCAGUAUUUUAUUCCACUUGAAGCUGCAAGAGAGUGUUGGACUUAUUGAUAAUGGGUGAUAAUGGGUGUGCUGUCGUCCUCAGAUUACUGUCACUAAUCCAUAAUCUAAUUUUUUUUUUUUAUCAAAACCACUCUGAAACUGUAAAUCUGUGACUACCCAAAUAGCUUUUUCAUGAAUAUGUCAGAUCUUCAUACUCAGCUCGCUUUUGCUUCCAUUGAAAAAAGUUUUGUUUUGCUCCUGAAUCUGUCAGUAAUGUGGUCAGUGUCAUUCUGCCUCAUAAUUUCAUAGUAAAUAGAAAUAGAAAUGUGGAAAUACUCACAAUUCUCCAUGAAAACUCCCUGAAGAAUCUGUUUCAUGAUGUAUGUAGCAUAACAGUGGCAACAAUGAUCUGUUCAGAAAGACAAUGAAAGCAACAAUUUGUAACUGUUUGUCAUUUCUCUUGGAUUUAAAGGUAAAGUUCACCCUAAAGUCAAAUAUAUAUAUAUAUAUUUUUUUCCUCUUACUGGUAGUAUUAUUUAUCUAUCUAGUUUUAGUAUGAGUUGCCGAGUGUUGGAGAUAUUGGCUUCAUGUAAGAAUAAUUUUCUUUCUACCAAACUACACCCACCAGCUUUAUCACCGGCAAAAAGGAGGAAGCAUGCAUCUGCUCAUGGAUGAGUGGCUCUAGCUGAGAUGAGCUGUAACAUCAACUAACUCAGUGGUGCUAGCAGUAGCUGCAUGUUUCCUUCUGCAUUAUAAUACGGGUGGUGGGUGUUGUUCGGUAGAAAGAAAGUAGUUCCUGAGGAUUAUUUUAAGUAACCAGGCCAUGAUUUAUGUAAAGAUACAUUACUGUUGUAUUCUUUGGUGCUUUGAGCACUGCAGCCCAAGUGCCAUCUAGUUCCAUUAAAUUGGAGAGAAGGCAGACAUCUCUACGGCCAAUAUCUACAAUGUUGUGCAGCUCACACCAUUACAGCCUGGACUGAUAAAAAGUACUACAGGUAAGAGAAAAAAAAUGUUUUUUUUUGUAUUUAGGGGUUAACUGUCCCUUUGAGCUUGGGUCUAGUCUCACUAUGUUAGUGACCUCUCUGAAAUUAAUAAAACAUGUUUCAUUGUC